AUGGCUCCCAUCACAGAAGAGGUCGUCCACGGUCUGAAGGACAUGAUCGAGAAGCUUGAGAACCGUGUGCAGGAGUUGGAGGGCCGUCUCGGCGGCGAAUCCAAGCCUAAGUCUAUCGCCGAGCAGAUGCGCAUCGUCCUUAUGGGACCCCCCGGUGCUGGCAAGGGUACUCAGGCGCCCCGGCUUAAGGAGAAGUACUGCGUGUGCCACCUGGCUACCGGUGAUAUGCUGCGGUCCCAGGUCGCCAAAAAGACUGAGCUCGGAAAGGAGGCCAAGAAGAUCAUGGACCAGGGUGGUCUUGUCAGCGAUGAGAUCAUGGUCAACAUGAUCAAGAACGAGCUCGACACCAACACUGAGUGCAAGAACGGAUUCAUUCUGGAUGGCUUCCCUCGUACCGUUGCUCAGGCCGAGCGUCUUGAUGACAUGCUCGAAGCUCGUAAGCAGAAGCUCCAGCAUGCUAUUGAGCUGCAGAUCGACGAUGCCCUCCUGGUCGCCAGAAUAACUGGACGUCUUGUCCACCCUGCCUCUGGACGGUCGUACCACAAGAUCUUCAACCCUCCCAAGAACGAUAUGAAGGAUGAUGUCACUGGCGAGCCCCUGAUUCAACGUUCCGAUGACAACGCCGAGACGCUGAAGAAGCGUCUUUCGACUUACCACGCCCAGACCGCCCCUGUCGUCGAAUACUACAAGAAGACCGGUAUCUGGCGAGGCAUUGACGCCAGCCAGGAGCCUGGCCAGGUAUGGAAGAGCUUGCUUGGUGUUUUCCAGAAGUAA